AGGAGGGGACGGAGGGAGACCGGGCAGUUUGAAGGGACGGGGAGCCAGGAGCGGCGCGGCGGCUCCAUGAGCGGCUCCUGCCGGGACAGAGCGCCCAGAGCCCAGCCGGAGCGUCUCCACCGCCGCGGGUAGAACCCCGGGCAACAGGACGGCGGCCAGUUUGGAAGUUUUGAUGCAUAUGAUCACAACCACCAUGAUUUUUAUGAUUCUUGGUGCUUCAGUUGUAAUGGCGAUAGCCUGUUUAAUGGACAUGAACGCACUACUGGAUCGCUUUCACAACUACAUCUUACCGCAUCUACGAGGGGAGGACCGCGUCUGUCAUUGCAACUGUGGAAGGCAUCACGUCCACUAUGUAAUCCCAUACGAUGGGGACCAUUCCUUGGUGGACUCUUCAGAGAACUACUUUGUGAGUGACAGUGUGACCAAGCAGGAGAUGGACUUAAUGCUGGGACUGCUACUGGGCUUCUGCAUCAGCUGGCUGCUGUUGUGGCUGGAUGGAGUCCUACACUGUGCCAUCAGGGCCUGGAGGGCGAGCCGCUACUAUGAUACUCCAUCCUGGUCAUGGCUGCCCCAGUUCUGCAACCUUCGAGACCUCCGUCGCCGAGCCCAGCUCAGACAGCUGGAAGACUCCAGCGGCAACAUGGUCCACAUCAAGCAGAAGCUCUACCACAACGGCCACCCAAGUCCCCGCCACCUCUGACUCUAAAAAAAACAAACAGAAAGAAUAAACUAAACAACAAAAACGACAAAAAAUUAUAUAGACACCCCUCCCCCUCCCCUAAUACCCCUCUUCUCCUCCUGUCCAAAACACCUCUGCCCCUUCCCAACUGCCCCAAGGCCAACUGUUGCCUCAGAGACCCUGGAAAACUGCCCUCUCACUAUUCAUAACAUGGCCCCACCAAAUCCCAAUGACAGGACUUUCUUUUGACUAAGCCCAGUCCUGUCAGCACCUAAAAACCCCCAAAAUGGAGCAAGAUGACGAUUAUUUGUUGCCACUAAAAUCUUGUCUUAUGUCCAUGUCCACCAUCGUGGGAGGAGGAAGAAAAAAAAAAACAUUUUUAAUGGUGUUUUUUUCUGUAUAGAGACAUUUUCUGUGUUCAUUGUUAAACUUGGCAUGCUCUUUUAGAACAGGGUAAGAUGUGGGUAGUGUAUGGAAUGGGGUGGCAAGACAGGUGUCAUGAUAUUUUUCUGUUUUUCUCUAAUGGGUGGGACAGGGAUUUUGUUGGCACAGGGUAGGGUGAGUGAGACUGGCGGGUGGGUGGGUUUUUGUGACGGUUAGAAUGCUGCUUCUGUAAAUAGUCAUAAAAAAAGGCAAGUGGGAUUUAACAGUGUUUAAAUGGGGGGUGCGUGGGGGGAUUUCUGUGUGAGUCGUUGAUCAGUAGAAACUCUGAUGAUGGAACUAUGGGUAAAGACUGUAGGAAUGGAAAAGCGAGUCUGUUUGGAAAACUGGAUGUGAAACUGUGUGAUUUCUGCUAAAAACAAAACAAAACAAAAAAAAAAACAACAACAAAAACCCA